UUCAAGUUUUGCCCGUGACCCGUUCAGGCCGUCCUAAAAGCUCCCAAUCGUCCCCAAUCGUCCCCAAUCGUCCACAAUCGUCCCAGCUCUCAGAGACCGCCAGCCAAAGGGAAUCGAUGUCUUGGGCGGGGUGUCCACUUUGCCCGCUUGUUUCGGCACCGUCUUGGCAUCUUGUCUCGAUGAGAAAGAGUCUCCCAGGUCUCCAAAAGUUGCCGGCCGCUUCACUCGUGCAGUUGUCUUCCUUUCGUUCCAUCAAUCGAAGGAACCGCUCCCAUCUAUCUCAUUGCCAUCUCAUUGGUCAUCACCCAUGCUGGUCCAUCGGAAUUUGCACGCCCCUCCCCGAGCCCCCAACCGUCGACGCCGUCUCCCGUAGCGUGAGUGUGAUGCAGAUCAGAUACGGCGGCAACCGAUCCUCAUCAAACUGCGAAUCGCUUCAUUCACAGGUUCGAUACGCUCAAGCGCUUCGCGACGACGCCUCAAGUGCUUAUUUCAAAUAUCAUUUGUCCCACCAGACCAACUUUCACGGCGCCUAUUUUCUGCACUAUACUUACACUGCACACCUCACGAAGAUGCUCGAUGCAGGGCAACCUCAAAGACACAUCGACACACUCUAUUCAUCACGAGGACUAAAACCAAGCCCGUCCAUUGUCAACAACUCUGUUCACUCACGCGACCAACCUAGCCAGCCUAAUCCUACUCUGAUAGUCUCUCAGUCUAUACCCUACCCGCACAUACAUGAGACUAGUGUCUAUUUAGCACACAUCAACCAGGAAAUACCUAGAGGUAUAUCAUCUUGCUCGAUUGAACACCAUGAUAUACGCUCAACAAAGCCGUUGUUGCAAACUUUCGAACUUGAUCAGUUCAUGUCGUUCAUUUCUUUACCUCUACUCAUUUUCCGCAUAAAAGGCCAUACAUCAUAUCAUGUUACACAACUUAAUGUCAGUCAUCCGAACUCGGAAAGCCAAGCGCCGUUGACGUCACUCGGGAUCUGGUACGUAUCUGGUACGUCAGCAACAGUUCGGACGGGAAAUCUAGAAGAGAAAAAAAGUCAGACUAUGGACGAGCCACCGGUGGUCUUUAUCGACACUCUCUAGCUUACCUCUACCUUAAAGGAAGAAUUUCUGAACAAACGUUGAAUGUAUGUCAAGGAACUCGAUGAUUCACAAGAUAGAUGCUCUGCAGCAAGGGACUCGACCUAGGUUGUGUUCUCUUCCCGUCGUGGUACCGCAAUGUCAGGUCCCGAGAGGUCCCGAGAGAUAUGCACGUAAGUAGGACUUGAGCUACGCAAUGAGUAUUCCUUCUGAUUUCCCCUCCCUCGUUAAGUCGUCUAGAUAAUGAUUACCAACAGAAGCGCACGAGGACUUGAUCAUUCCAAAGUAAAGCCGGGCGGUGGUAACUACGGGUACUGUUCAGUCCAGCCUUGGCAAGCCAAAGUAUUGGAGGCUAUAGUAGACUGAGCAACGGCGUUUUUGCCAACUAAUUGCGGCUCUAACAAGGUAAGAGACCUUAGUCAUCAGAUUCACACCGAUCUUGAAAGUCUUUCGUAUAGUGUAGUAGCCCGCGUUGAGUAGUCUAACUACCGCUUUUUUU